AGCGACGGUGCGGGAGGGUCCACGUAGCGAGUCGUGGUGCCUAUCGAAUCGCACCGUUGAUGCCCUCAUCUCGAUUCUAUUCCUUCCCAUUUCCUCAAUCCCAUCGCCGAGAAUCCAUCUCCCUUCGCUCCUCUGCAAACUGCGAAAUCGCUGUAGCUGCCGAUCCUCACAGCUCCAGAGAUUUGAGAGAGACGGAGAGGGAGAAGGAGGAAGAGGGAGACGGUAAUCGAGCCGGAGGGGUUUGAGAGGAGGGGGCGGAGAGAAGGCGAAGGAGAGGGGAGCGGCGAUGAUAACGCGAUCGAAUUUGGCGGAGCAGUUGAGGGAGUACCAGAUUCGGUCGAAGUAUGAUUGGGCGUCCAUCUCGUUCUUCUCCUCCACCGCUUCUAAUUUAACCUCCUCGAGGGUUGACGUCGUGAUCUUUGUGAUAUGGGAACUUAUCAUCCUAGCUUUCUUGGUUUUCUCUGCGGUUUCUUUGUACUUUCGGCGCAUGCAGCUCGCUUUAAUCCUGAUUUGCGUCACCAUGUUGUUGCUCCUAUGCAUGAGAAUCACAAAGCAAGUGAGGCUUGCCCGGAAAAAGAAGCGAAGGAUGCUUCUUCCACUAUCUAUGUAGAGUUGGUUGGAGCAGCUUGUUGCAUGCUGUUUGGGAAUUUCCACGCAUCCAUUCAACGAUGAGAAUACAUAAUCAUGCCUACCGGUUAUAUCCUUGGGGCAAACAGCUAGUUGAUUGUCGGGAAUUUUGUCCGAGGAGCAAGGUUGGUACACUAUUCUUACUUGGCAAAAGCUGAUAGAAAGUCCACUUUAUCGUCGUGAAAGUUUUAAGUAGGAAUUCUGGUUGUUAGUUGGUUUUAGGAGAAGAUAAAUCGAGAUUUCGCCUCUCUUUUCUUUUCUCUUUGUUCAUCUUUUUCGGGUUCCUUCUCCUCCUGUUGGAUGCAUGAUUGGUCGCCCUAACAAAUUAUAGUUGCCUGAGGGAGCACUUUUCCAGUUGUAAAAUGAAACGAGAUGCAUACUCGGUUGAUGAUGUAUGUAAGUUUGUCGGGUUUAAGUUCCAAAGAUUGGAAAUUUUCUGUAGCCA